CCGCAACCUCAUGGUUCCUAGUCGGAUUCGUUAACCACUGAGCCGCGACGGGAACUCCAAGAAGAAAAACAUCUUAAUUCAUACUAUAGGUCCAGCAUUACCUUGAUACCAAAGCCAGACAUAUACACCAGAAGAAACAAAAACUACAGCCCAAUGGCCAUCAUGAAUGUGGAUGCAAAACCCCCAAGAGAAUUCCAGCAAACUGAAUCAAGCAGCAUAUUAUAAAUAUUACAUUCCAUGUCCAAUGGGAACAAUCCCAGGAAGGAAAGGAUGGCUCAACACAAGAAAACUGAAGAAUCAACACCACAUGGAUACAAUGGAGCAGGAGGACACCCAGAUGAUCGGGUCCGUCGGUGCAGAAACAGCACUUGAAACGGUCCAACAGCCUUACAUGACCAAAAACGCCCAGCAAACCAGGAACAGAAAGAAAAUCCUCAACACAGUAAAAGGCACUUUUUUUAAAAUUUUUAUUUGUCACUGUCCUUUUAGGGCCGCACCAGCGGCACAUGGAGGUUCCCAGGCUAGGGGUCGAAUCAGAGCUGUAGCUGCCGGCCUACACCACCACCACAGAUCCUUAACCCACUGAGCAAGGCCAGGGAUUGAACCCACAACCUCAUGGUUCCUAGUCAGAUUCGUCUCUGCUGUGCAACCACGGGAACUCCAAAAGGCAUUGAUGAGAUACACAUAGAGAACAACAUACUCAGUGGUGCUCCAAGACUGGAAGCAUUUCCACUAACAUCAGGAACAAGAGAAGAAGGGAAGACAGCAGGAGUCAUGGACUGGAAGACUUAGCACUGUUAAGGUAGAAAUCCCACCCCAAGUUGUCUAGAGAAUUCAUUCAAUGCCUAUCAAAUCCCCAGUGCCCUGCUUUACAGAAGUGUCACAGCCAACGCUGAAUGCAUCCGGAAUUUCCAGGGACCUUGACUAGCCCACGUCAUCCUGGAAGAGAAGGAAACAGCUGGAGGACUCGCACGUCCCUAUUUCAAACCUUAGGAUAAAGCUCCAGUUAUCAAAGCUGGGUGGUACCAGCCUAAGGGGAGACCCGUUUGCCAACGAGAGAGAGGCACAAGGCGCGAGUCCCCCAAACGUCCAGCGAGGGACGAUGGCAUCCGCCGCCUAAGCGAUGACGAGAGUCAGGCAGCGGACCGCCAUUCAGCCAGGAAAGGACCGUGGUGCCGCUUCGUGCCAUCAGGGGAGGAACGCUGAUGCCAACGUUAUGCGAAGGGAAAGCUGCCAGACACAGAAGACCACCUGCUUAUUGGAGGGGUGCCUCUCUAGGAACAAGGGUCCCUGGAAGCCGAGCGCGAGCACCCCGACCAAUGAGGGGCCGCCCCGACCCGUGGUCGCUGGGCUACGCAGUGGAGGCCCGAGGGGAGCGGUUGUCUUGAGACGUCGCGACCAGCUGGCACCUCCCAGGGCACCUCGGCGCACCUCGUGGCACCUCUUGGAGCUCAUCGCGCUGCACCCCACGGCAGAGGUAGCUAGGCCCGUCGGUCGGUCCGUCGGAGAAGGCGCCCCCAACGCCCAGCCGCCGCAUGCCCGGGAAAAGGAGCCGUCGAAAGUCACCCGGUCGCCAGGGGCGGACCUGCGCCCGCACCACCCGAGCCGGGCUGUCCGCCUCCGUGAGCCACAUGGAGCGCCUCCUGCGGGAGGGCCCCUACGCCCAGUGCCUGAGCUCGUCCGCCCGGGUCUUCCUCGCGGCCACCAUCGAGUACCUGACGGCCAGGGUCCUGGAGCUGGCGGGCGACGAGGCCCAGAUUGUGGGUAGGAGGUGCAUCACCCCAGAGCUGGUGGCCAUGGCGGUCCACAACAACGCCCUGCUCAGCGCCUUCUUCGGAACCCUCGCCAUCUCGCAAGUGGCCCCGACCCAGGAGUAGCUGCCCGACGCGCCCUGGAUGUCCUGGCCCCAGCCCCUCACAGCCCCGGAAGCCCCGGCCUGCCUCCCUGCCUGCCUCCUCGGGCAGACUCGUUGCCAGGCAAUACACGUGUUUAAAGAAACCCUCGUGCGUGCUUCGGUCACUCGGCGUGGGGGUGGGAGGCGGCGGGGCUGGGACGUCGCUUCCUGGAGGGACAGGGGGCGAGAGUCGGGCCGGGGGUGGGCGAGGGGUCGGAGUCGGGCGGGGGCAGAGGGUGACAGGGCCUGGGGUGGCCCUGGGUGUGAGGCUGGCCAGGGUGGGGUCUGGGGUGAGGCUGGGCUACGACGAGCUCCUCGGUUGGCCCUGAGCAAGGCGGAGCCAGGCGACGUCCCCAGACGGACCGGGUUCCUCGUGGCGCAGCUCAGGACCGUGCGGGGCGUGGUCAUGGGGCGAACCUGCCAGGGCCACCGACGACGGCGGUGCGGGGUGGACGGGUGGCUGCCCAGAGGGGCUGGCGUGGACUCCAGCGGGGCCGGGGCUUUGGCGGGAAGAUUGGGUCGGGAUGGGGGGCGGGUUGGGCGGGACACCGUCAGGAACUAGGCAAGUCGCAACGAGGGUCCAGCGGGAUCGAGAUUAGUUGCUGCUGCACGAGGUGAUGGAUAUUAACUAAAUUCAUCGCGGUAAGUAUUUUGCAACCUAUGGAUGCCAGCGCACGUGUGCUGUACACCUCAAAAAGAAAGAAGCGUUUCGUUUUGGGCCACCUUCCCGUGGAGAUGCCAGGAGGUGCCCU